CGCAGGGCGGGCGGGCGGUUCGCGUCCCUGAGCCAUCUUAGGCCAUCGCAAGAGGCAGAAUACCGUUUGCCAUUUCGCUUCGUCUGUGUGUGUGUGCGCGCGCGCGUAAUCCCACUUCAUUUUCUUUUUGGUGUGCGUUUUAAUUCGUUAGAUCACUGGGGCAAUAUUUACUGGAAAUGUACGAAAACCUAGGAACAGAAUGGCAAUGUGACGCCUAAAACGCCCGUACAAAGGAGACUGAAGUGAGUUACUGACGCUUACUGGAAAUGCGCGUAACCUAGGAACAGAAUGGCAAAGUGAAGCGUGAAACGCCCCUGUACAAAGCAGACUGAGAUGAAUUGUUAUGACCGAAGAUUACGGAAAACUGUACCCGAACGAGAGAACAGCAGAAAUGAUCUAGUAGCUCCUCCAACACGUUCAAGAGUCAACGGUUGGACCUUACCUCUCCAUUCCUUCCAGUUAAUUGCCUGGGUGCUCUACAACUACCUGGCAAUUGUUGCCUUUGGAAUUUACAUACCAAUGUUGCCAUAUGCAUGGAAGUACAUUGGUUAUGCUAUAAUUGGGCUGUUGUUUGUUUAUCAUUUCAUUGUCCACCUGGUUGCUGUAUCCAUCGACCCAGCAGACAACAGUGUGCGGGCCAGGAAGAACUAUAACAUUCCAAUGCCAACACUUGACCGAGCCAAGCAUCCCCAUGUAAUUCAGAACCAGCACUGCUACCUCUGUGAAGUGGAUGUAGGAAUGAAAGCCAAACACUGCAGCACUUGUAACAAAUGCAUUUCAGACUUUGAUCACCAUUGCAAAUGGCUCAACAACUGCGUUGGAGGAAGGAACUACUGGUCAGUUGUAUCAAAGUUCGAAGUACAUUUAUUAUCAAAGUAUUUCUUCCACACCGUGGUGUCUGCUGUUCUCGGUAUUCUGCUGAUUGCACUAGUUGUCGUUUACGUUUUCAUCCAGCAGUUUGUAAAUCCUGCAGAACUCCGCACGGCUCCGCAGUUUAAAUAUGUUCAAGGAAACAACACUUGGUUGGCAUUUUUGCCCUUUGCCCCCGUGGAGACGUCGCAAGUUGGAAUUUUAGUCAUAGCAGGAAUCACCAUCAUCCUCAGUCUUGCUUCGCUGAUGCUACUUGGUCAUCUGCUGUGCUUUCACAUUUAUUUAUUCUUCAAGAAGCUGAGCACGUAUGAGUACAUUGUACGAGAGCGUCACAAUCAGGACAUCCGAGAUCAUGGGAAAGACCCUGAGUCUGCACACACUGCAUCAGCUCGCAUGACUGUUCUUCAGGGUCUACCUGAAUCUAAGUCUCAACCGGAAAUAGAGGUCACCACUUCUGCCCGAUCCAGUGCUUUAAGAUACCAAGAUCAAGGUCUAGCCGCCGGCAGGUUGUCCAAUGGAAUCUGUUUAGAGGCUUCCAGUGUUUCUACAGCUAUAAGCUCUUCUCAUAGUGGACAGUCACUGAAUAUGAAGAUCAAAAAUGGCUCUAAAGGGGCCUUUCACUUCGACGAAACUAAGUUCACUUCUGAGAGAACAUCCACUGUUAGCUCCAUUCCUGAUCCACUGGAAAACUCUGAAGAAAUGCUACAGAAUGAUCAGAAGAACUUAAAGGGAUCUCAUCGCCAAAGCUUGGAGUCCAUAGAAGAGAUCCCAGUGGUACAAAGCCCUCUUGGCAGUGCAUCAAUGGACAGUGGAUGCAAGGAAGGAGUGACUAAUACAGAGAAGUGUUUUGAUGCAUCCAACCAAAGUGUGCUCCCUGAUAACUCUCCGAGCUUCCUAAUAAAUCCAAGAGACUCCACGCAGUUAACCACAAAAGCUGUGAACCAGCAACCAACAAGGACUUACUUGGUUAAACAGGAUACUGAAACAACUCAUCAGAGGCACAGCCAAUUACCGCAACAGUCCAGUAAAACUAGCCAGAUUAGUCUUGGGUAAAUUAAAUUCCCCUAAAACUUUUGAGCUGUCAGCAUCGAUUUAAAAUACCAACAUUAAAGUUGUCUUUCUUUAAUUAUUCAACAAUCAGUGCAUCAGACGAAUAUAGAAUUUCUGUGUGUGAAAUUAUUUGUGUCAAGUGUCCCACACGCUCUGUAUCUGUAUAGAUUGAUACAUCUUGUCUAUUAAAACUGGUGAAAGGAGUAAUUUCUGUAGAAGAUUCUGGCUAAUGUGAACCACUUGGAAUUCAAAUAUUCUGGAGACCCUCUUUUUGAUAUGAGUGGAGUGUAGCUCCCUCAUAUUCUUAUUCUCAUACUUGGGACCCUGUGCCAAAUUUUGGGGGAAUAAUAGAGGCAGUCACAUGACUCCUGAAGGGGCACAUCUGCACAUGUUGAUCCAUCCACUGGAAGAGGGAAGGACCCAUCCUACUCACCAAGAAUCCCACCCUGACUCAAGGGAGAGAAUAGGAAUGGUUUCAUUUCUUAAGGAAGGCAGGAACCGUGGAAAGAAAGGAAACCAAUCGUCCUGAGCAUCUAGUCACAUUCUCCCUUGAACUUGCAAUGAUUAGCCUGAGAUCCUGAAAACUUCCUCCAAUCUUGUUGUUUUUUUUUUUGCCUUCCACCACCAGAAAUUUUGGGGCUCUGUUAUUACCAUAAUAACUGCUUGUUUUUCUAUGUGUCACACCUGAUGCUGUCUUUCAGGGUUGAGGAUGAAUUACUUCCACAGCAGUUUAGUGUGGACUGAGGUUGCUGAUGAGGUCACUGUGGAAACUGCCGGCCUUGUCAUAGGUGGGUGGUGAGUGAGUAGUUUGGGAGGCGUUGUGCCCCUUCAGCUGGGCUUCUGUGUGCUCGCAAUGAAAAGACUCGAUGUUCACCAUGUCCUCCUGGAUAUUUCUUCUCCACUAUGAUCAGUCAGGGCCCAGGAAUUCCCGUGAGUCAGUGUGUGAUUUUUGUCUUGAUAUAGAGAACUUGAAAUUUAAGUAUACACCACUUUGCUGGUGACCAACAGUGCUGCAAAAUAGGAACAUCAACAAAUGGAAAACCCUCUCCAAUUUCUUUCGUCCAAAGGGCACCUAAUGAUGUAAAGCCAGUUCCAGAUUACAAGAUUAUUUCCAAACAUGAGCCACCUUAAAAAGCCAGUACAUAAAAUAUAACAAAAUAAGAAUCUUGAUGACUUCGACCUAAAUUGUUAACUCUGUUUCUUUUUUUGCAGAUGCAGUUUGAGUAUUUCCAGAAUGUUUCCUUUUUAUGUUAGAGAUAAGUAUAUUCGACUUAGCAGCAUAAAUUACUUCAGCAAGCA